UCUCAUCCUCUAUUCCGACUAUCGGGAUCUCAAAGAAAUAAUCCUGCUAGUUCAGCUAACGUGCGCCAUGAGCCUACUGGACCAGCUGUGGGACGACACACUAGCCGGGCCGCGGCCGGAGAACGGCCUCGGAAAGCUCCGGAAGCACUCGACCUUUUCCUUCCGAUCGAACUCUGCCAAGGAAUCUGAUGGCGGGAACGCGAGAUCGUACGGUGGGGAUUCAUCUUCGGAGGCGAAGAGAAUCACGCGCAGCAUCAUGAUAGUAAAGCCACCCGGGAACCAAAACGGGUCUCCUCCGGUCUCGCCAGCGGGAUCUACUCCUCCGGUAUCCCCUUUCUCUGGGGGUAGAUCAGACUCGUUCCGAUUCCGAAGGAGGUCAACCUCGGACGCGUACGAGAAGGCGAGCCCGGUUGGACCAAGGAGCCCUCCUUCUUCUUACGACGUGUGACCUGUGACCUGUGACUGUGAGCCCUCUUUUCUCGGACGUCCAUCCAACGUUGUCGUUGAAAAAAGAAAAAAAAAAAAAAAAAUAGUGUUGGCCUCAUGGCCUGGACUUUUGUAUCCAUGGAUGUUAUGUUUUUAGAUAGGUAUAUGAGGCUGCGCUGUGUGGUUUGUUUAUGUAGCUUUUGUUGAUGUAUAAUGCUGCUACUGCUAUGUAGCGAUCCUUGUGAGAGACGGGUUCUAAGACACGUACGUACGCGAUCGACCGAUCGAUCUUGUAGAGGUGGUAGUAAUGUACGUAGUACGUAUGCUCUCUGUAUAUAUAGCUUUAAUUUUCUCACUUUCUGUUCUGUCGUCCGAGUGUUUGUUUCUUCGAAUAAAGAAAGAUCUCUCGUA